ACACACACUCAAAUAAAAGUUAUAUACCUACGUACGCGUAUAUAAUAUAAUAUAGUGACCGCCGCAGUGGCGACGCGACAACCCGGAGAAACACGCUCAUUGAACGAUACGACGUGGCUACCGCACGAACGCAUCGCACACGCGCCGAAUACAGUUAUUAUAAUACUAUAAUAUGUUAUAUUCGUACAUCAUAUCUACGUGAACACGCCGCGCAUUUAAUAACAAUAACAACAAUAAUAAUAUGAUGACAGUAAUAAUAAUAAUAGUAAAAAAUUAAUUUAUGUGGGCCGAAGACGAGGACGGAAUGCUCGAUUGGCCGCGCUGACAGAUAAACACAGUCGUAUGUAUAUACCUGUCCAUGUACUGUGGCAAUUGUACACACGGGCACCUCCAUAAAAUAUAAAUACGCACACGCACGAGGUAGGCACAACAAGGUACAAGGUACGUACCUAAAUACGAUUGUCGCUUCUCCGGCAGCAACACACGGGCUAUUGUCAUUCGUCAUUCAUACGUGCGCGAAAGUGAUUUGAGUGAAUGUACACGUUCGUUUGACGAUGACCCGGUAAACACGCGGUGAAUCAUAAUCGACUGUAUAUUACUUUUAAUAAGUAUAAUAUGGUGACGAGUGCCAAAAAGCCGGCAGACAUGUUAUAGCAGUCCACGCAGUGGUCCGUCCGUAGUAGUCAUCGUAUUGUCGUGUGCAUGUUUGUUUCGUCGUUCGUACUAAAUUUCCGGUCGUGGUGUUUUAAGCAAAUUUGUUUUCAACCGUCCCACAACUACUUCGUCGAUACUACCACUACUACUACUACUACUACUAUCAAUAAUAUUAAUUAAAUUCGGUCGCUUUCGACCGUUCGUAUAGUGCACUUGCACCGCCAUGCGCCGAUACUUCCGCUACGUCCAGUGAUCGCCAUGCGGUGGACCGUGUUCUGCCUCGUGCCGUUGCUUCUGCACGCGGCGGCUACAUCAGUGGCGGGAUGCUGCGACGCUUCGGAUGUCCGGCAGCCCGCGGAUUACCGGAACGAUGACCGAGACGCGUCGUCGGGACCGUUGGGGUUGAGGUCUGAGAUCGCGCGCGCGCUGAGCCGCUUACGCGAAUCGACGCACGACCGUCGGUUGGCUGGCGACUUGUGGCUGGAAACGAUCGACUCCGAUCGCCGUYCCAGCGAUGGCUUGACGAUGGCACCGGGAUCUCCAACCGACGACCUCGUGGCUAAAGCAGACGCCGUUUUCGACAACCAUCGGCUAUCGUGGCGUGACGCUAUAGUCCGAGGACUGGAUUUGAACGUGUACAAGGAUCGGGAGAAACAACGAUACGUACUCGGCAUAACUCAGCGCACGGACGAUUCGAAAAAUGCCGUCACUCGGACUUUCGGCGUUGGACGAAGGCGAAUGCAACUGUUCAUCAUGAUACCGAUGAUGUACAAGUUGGGAGUGAUCACCACGCUGUUGAUCGGUUUGGUAGUGCUCACCCUCAAGGGCGUGACCAUCAGCGUGAUACUGCUUAUCAUAGCCUUGACCGGUUUAGUGGCCAAGCUGUCCAAGUUCCACAAUCCCUACAUGUCACCGAUGCCUUCAGUUUCGUCCUGGUCGGGAUACCAUUACGAUCCUUAUGACCGUUCAUCGCAACCGCAACCGCCACCGCCUUCACAGGAUAAAAACAUACACGUGCAUGUUCACACCGCGCCCGGUCCUGUGCCAUCGAUGGUUAACUAUUCGCCCGGUCAUACAGCGCCGUCAGGCUAUUAUGCGAAGGUGCCGCCGCCGCAACUGGCCAACGACGACGGCGACGAUGACUUGAAUAACUAUAACAACAAUUAUUAUUAUAACAGCGGCGGAGGCGGCGGAGCGUAUUGGAAUCGGGCGGGCGAGGAAUACUACGACGCCGCCGCGAUGGUUCAUCGCGGUGACAAUCGCCUGCAUUUGGGCGCCGCCGAGUCUACGACUGUCAGCAAUAGUGUCUAUCACCGGUGGUUAGGAUAAUAAUCAAUGUUAUGUUAUAAUACAGUGAAACCUCUGAAAGUCUGAAUACCUGACACUCUCUGUCGCUGAAAUGUUGUCCACUAGCUGUUUGUGGAGAUAUGCUGUCCACCAUUCAAAGGGUUCAGUUUGUAGAAAGUUUAUAGUUUGUUUUCAAAAAUACGUCAGCUAUUUGGAUAUUUCCAUUAGGGAGGUUUUACUAUAUUGUUAUAUUUAAAUUAUAUCGAUAUUAUUAUACAAUUAUGUGUACGACAUGUCCGUUACGCCCAUCGACUUUUAAUACGAAUGAAAAACGGGUUCCAUAUAAUUAUUGUAUAAACAUAAUAUUAUAUAAAAUUAAUUUCAAAUUAUUAUAUUAUUUAACCUAUUAGAUAAAUUUUAGCGGUAGUAGUUACUUUACAUAGACAUUAUAUAUCACCAUGCUCAGGUACAUUACAAAACAUAAUAUCUGAAGGGGGGCAGGCACUAAUCAAUAAGUUUUCAAAUCAAAUCAUACAUGGCCGUGUUUAAACAAUUUUUUUUAAACAAAUUAUCCUCUCAUCCMAACCCACCAAUCUAGCACAACUCUGUUUUCGUGCCUAACCACGUGCAAUAAUUGUGCUUGUCAAUUACACUACAUUAGUACUAAAUACAGAAUACUUAUUAGUUAUUAUGGACUAGCUGUUUACUAUAGUUAUAACUUUAUAAGUAGGUAUUAACGCAAUUUAUACCGCAAUAAACAAACCAAAACUAUUAUACUAUACUAACUACUAUACUAAAUAGUGCAGUAGUACACUAUUACCUAUUUAUAUUUAAUAAAUAUUUUAAUAUUGAAAAUAUCUAUUUGUACUCAAUCAAGUUAACAUGAAUAUGAUGUAUAMAUUUACAAACUCAACACCUAAUUUAUGGUAAAAAUGAUGUUCUGUCUUUUUUACAAAUUAUUUGUCAUCCAUAUCUGCAUGGUGAGMUUAUACCUAUAUAAGAUAUAACAAAUAAAUAUUUUAUGUUUAAAAUAUGAUUAAUACAUAGUAAUUUUUGUA